GGCGUCGCAUCAGUCGUGCAUCGACCACUUCAUCAUCCCCACAUAGACGACUCUAAAACGACGUCGCAACAGUCUCCCUCUUGCUCUCCGAUAGAUAUCUCCAGCAUCACCAACACACACACACAGCUCUCUCGUGGAGUGCAAGAAAUGGCGUUCACACUGCGGAGCGUGAAGGUUCCACCGAACUCGGCGAGUCUGGAAGAAGCGAGGCACCGGGUGUUCGAUUUCUUCAGGGCCGCAUGCCGAUCCCUACCAAGUGUCAUGGAAAUCUACAACCUGCAAGACGUCGCCACCGUGUCCCAGCUCCGUUCAACCAUCGCCUCCGAGAUCCGCAAGAACUCCCACGUCACCGAUCCCAAGGUGAUUGAUAUGUUGCUCUUCAAGGCAAUGGAAGAGCUGGGUAACAUUGCGGAGCACGCAAAGCAGCGGCACCAUAUUAUUGGCCAGUAUGUGGUGGGUCGUCAAGGGCUUGUGCAGGAGUUGGGUACAAAGGAUCAAGGCAUCUCCAACUUCCUCAAAAAUUUUUACACCACCAACUACUGAAAUCUUUACUGUUCAACGAAUGUGCCUCCUUUGCUUUUGGAAUGGGGUUCCCCAAAUAAAGAUGUAGUUGGAGUUUUUUUUUGGUAUCUUGCUGGUCGAUAAAGAUCCUUGUAUCUUCUUUUAUGGCCACUUUGUCAGAACCGUAGUACCAUCUAUGAAGCCUUGUGUUUGUCCUCUCAAAAAAUUUGGUUUAUAAGUACUGCUGGAUGAGGAAAACAGCAUUGUGUUAUGUUACCAAUGCCGCAUGCAAUGAACGUUUAUGAUUAUUAGUUAGAUUGGGUUUACAUCUUUUUCUAA